AUGGAGGAGUACAAGACCCACUUGAAACUGUACAAGAGCUUCGACUGGUGCAGCACUUGGGACGGUAACAGGUAUGACAUUGUCUUUUACGGCGUGUCUGGAUACACCGGGUACCUGAUGAUGGAAUACCUGAAGCGCAUUGCUCUGAAGUGCACCCCCGAGCCAUUCACGUUCGCGUUCGCGGGCAGAACGGUGCGGAAAGUGGAGGACAUGAAGGACCGCGAGUUUGCAGGAACGCAGUGGGCGAACACCCCGGUGUUGCAGAUGUCGUACGACGACCCGAGGUCCAUCGUUGAUCUCGUGAAGAGUUCUCGCGUGAUCAUCAACGUGGCAGGGCCGUACAUGGCCACCCAGGGAGAGCUCAUGGUCGAUAUGUGCAUUCAGCUCGGCGUGUCCUACAUCGACAUCAGCGGAGAGAUCCCUUGGUCCUUGCGCGUCUUGGAGCUCCACAAGAAGGCUGUGGAGAAUGGGGUCACCGUGGUCCCCAGCGCCGCGUCGGCGGGGGGCUUCCCAGACCUGGGAACGUUCAUAUGCGCCAAGAAGAUGCGGGAGGAGUACGGCGAGGAGCUCAAGAGCGCGAUCUGCUACUGCGAUGGAGGUGGCGCAGCGCCGACAGCCUCCGGGGGCACACUCAAGACGCGGGCCACCAUGGCCAGCGCGGGGGAAGAGGUGCGCGCCAAGAUGGCGGACCCGUUCUCGCUCGGCGGCUUCAUACCCGAGGUCGACAGGUGGGGCGUGAAGAAGUGCAGCAUCGACUUCGGCACCGGCAAAGCGAAGCUGAAGGUGCGGUCCCAGGACAUGGAUGCGAACAUCUCCAAGAUCUCGGAGGACAAGCGGCUUGGCGUCUGGCGGGGGCCCCAUGUGUACGCCUACUUCGACACGCGCAUCGUCCGCAGGUCGAACAUGCUGCUGGCGGAUCUUGCAAACCGCCCCUACGGAGCAGCCUUCAACUUCAUGCAGUACAGCCUGUUGCCGACAGAGGGCAUCACGGCGAUGAAGGGCGUGAAGAAGGUGAGCGUCGAGGAGGAGGAGAAGGCGCUCAAGGCGAAGGGCGCCUAUUAUGCUGAGGGCGAGGGCCCCCCCCUGGAGGAGCUGGAGGACGCCUGGGUCGGCUACUUCCUCUGGGCAGAGACGACGAACGGCCACGAGAUCAAGUGCAGCAUGGUCGGACGGGACGGCUACAUGGAGACCGCCCGCGUCGCCAUCGAGACCGCCAUGUGCCUCCUGUUCGACAAGCUGCCCUUCAAGGGCGGCGUGCUGACUCCGACGGUCGCGUGCGGCGAGAACCUGCUGCGGAGGAUGGUGGCCGGCAACCUCAAGUUCAGGCUGGGCGAGUGGCUCCCCGCGGAGGAGCGCUGCCCCCCGCCCUGGCCGCAGUGA